UGGGAAGCACCAACCCCAGAUCUGCGUCUGUAUUAGCUAGCUCGCACUUCGCCGACGCCGGCGUCACCGACACGAAACCGCGACCUUUUAACCUGCUCCACACCUCACUUCGCCCAGCAGAGCAAGCAACCUCGGAGAGAGAGAGAGAGAGAGAGAGAGAGAGGGCAAUGGCAAUGGCGUCCAUCGUCGUGCAGGUGUCCGCCCUGCUCCUCAACCUCAUCGCCUUCGGCCUCGCCGUCGCCGCCGAGCAGCGCCGCAGCAAGGCCACGGUGACGCCGGAUCUGGCCAAGGAGUACGACUACUGCGUCUACGACUCGGACGUCGCCACCGGCUACGGCGUCGGCGCGCUCCUCCUCCUCACCGCCGCGCAGGUCGUCGUCAUGCUCGCCAGCCGGUGCUUCUGCUGCGGGCGCGGGCUCAAGCCGGGGGGCUCGCGCGCCUGCGCCCUCAUGCUCUUCCUCUUCUCAUGGCUGACCUUCCUCGUCGCAGCGGCGUGUUUGCUGGCAGGAUCAGUCCGCAAUGCAUACCACACCAGGUACAGGGGGAUCUUCAACGGUGACCCGCUCUCUUGCGAGACGCUGCGCAAGGGCGUCUUCGCUGCUGGUGCAGCCUUCACCUUCUUCACGGCCAUCCUCAGCGAGUUCUAUUACAUCAGCUACUCCAAAUCCCGGGAUGCCGCCGGCGGCGCUCCAUACGGCGGCUCCAGCAUCGGCAUGGGCCCUUACAAUUAAGGAGCUUGGUUCUGGAGGUUUAUGGACAGGUUCAGUCCGUUUCAGGGCGGAUCAUGCAAAUGUAGUUCGUGGAGUGCGGUGUUCUUGUUAACAUUACAGUGCUAGAUACGGUGUAAAUGAGUUUGCUGUCUUCACUAGGUUAUGUAUGAGAUUGCCUGGUUGGGCCUUACACAAUUCGGAUUAUUGCAUUGGAUCCUUUAUAUAAUAUACUCCCUUCGUUUGAAAUAUAAAGUACGAUAUAAGUUU